AUGGCCUAUGGACUAAGUACGGUUGAGAACAUGAAAGUAGUACGAUGGGUGGUAGAAAGGGCUAAUGAAGGGCAGUAUUUGCUAUUUUUUAGAAGUAGGUCAGAAAGUCCUUGUGACAGACAUCUGAGCAGAGAUGCUUCCUUGGUUGGGAGCAUGCUAGAGAAAUACCUGGGAGUGAAGAUUUCAUGUAAAAAAAAUAGCAAGAGCAAGAGUCCCAAGGUGGGGUGCAUUACAUUCAGGGUAAUGAAUAAAAGCAGUGGGCCGUUACCGUCUGGCUGGCUGCGGAAGCUAGAACAGCCAGACUCCCCUGAGGCCUUGAGCCGGCUUAAAAACAGUGACAGGCAGAAUCAAGGAGUCCCCAAGCAUCACAGUUCAUUGGUGAAGCUGUUCAUUGGAAACCUGCCCAGGGAGGCCACAGAACAGGAGAUCCACUCACUCUUUGAGCAAUCUGGAAAGGUGCUAGAAUGUGACAUCCUUAAGAGCUGUGGCUUUAUGCACAUAGAAGACCAAACUGCAUCUGAGGAUGCCACCAACCCGCACCACUGCAGGCUGCAUGGAGCAAACAUCAGUGCGGAAGGUAGCAAGAGUAAGAGCAAAACCUCGACAAAGUUGCACGUGGGCAACAUCAGUCCCACCUGUAUCAACAAGGAACCUCCUGCCAAGUUUGAGGACGGUUCGGUUAUUGAAUGUGACAUCGUGAAAGAUUGUGCUUUUGUACAUAUGGAGUGGGCAGAGGAUGCAGUGGAGGCCAUCAGAGGCCUUGAUAACAGAGUUUCGGUGGAAAUGUGUGUGGGCUGAAAUUCCAAGCCGUAAUUGUGCAUGAGAAUACACCCUUCUUGGUACCCCAUCUCCCUGGGACAUUCUCGGCUCUGUAGGUUGAGUCCCUCAGGAACUGUGGACCUUAAUUUACCUUGCAAAGUUUGGACCUUUUCCUGUCUCCUGCCCAUUUUCCUGUUCUUCAUAUCCUUCAAUACUUCUGUAGCUUCCCAUUCAAGUUUUG